AUGCCCGUUCCUUUCGAAGGCUUGUUGCCAUACGCUAUCAUGACGGCGUUUUUCGGCCUAGCUGGCCACGGCGUCGGCUUCAUCAGAUACUGGGACAACGGGUGGAAAAACGACAGAUGGGACUUGGACUCGUGGGACCACAAGAUGAUGGCCAGAGACAUGCUCUUGACUGGUACCAAGAGGGGCCAGACGUCAGAGGCGGUGGCGCCCGAGCACUUCAAGACCGCCCAUAUCAUGGAGCAGACAUACUGGACCCCAUACAAGGACCAGUUCUUCACUUUCAGAGAGAGAUUGUACAGAGGCUACGUCUCUGGUUCAUGGGACUUCAGUUGA